AUGUGGCUUGAUCGGCUCGCAGCGCAGUCGAACCCGUCCACCUCCACGUUGUCGCAACCUGGCAGCCGACCCUACUCCCCUCUCCCUCGACGAACAUCAAGCACUCCGUAUGUCACCUCGCAACGUUCCGGUCUCACACCGAGAGGGUCGCAACUCUCUCUCAUCUCCAAUGAUUCAUCGAGCUCGCUCCUCGCCUCUCGUAGAGUUAAUGGCUCCGGCUUAAAGCAAUCCCAGACCACCUACGAUGGGCCGGAUUCGGUCGAGAUCCUAGGCCAAAUCCUGGAAACGACCUCCAUCACCGACUCUGCUGCGAGUAGCACUACGGGAAUAAUCACCCAACAGGAUUUCGAAUUGGAUUUCGACUUCGGCGGGCUGAGUCUUCGAGAGCUUGCUAGCUCCAACCAGGCUGGCACGCACGAGACGGAUAGCCACCGGCGGCAAACUGCAGAGGAGUUCGAAACCAGCAAAGCCCAAUUCGAGGACCUGCAUCGAUCUAUUGCGGCAUGCGACGGCGUCCUUAGUUCGGUGGAAACCAACCUUACGAGUUUCCGUAACGAUCUCGCGGCCGUCUCUGCUGACAUAGAGAGCCUACAGUCGCGCUCCACGGCGCUCAAUGUGCGGUUGGACAACCGCAAGGCGGUUGAGAAGGCGUUCGGGCCGGUCGUCGAGGAACUGAGCGUCUCUCCCCAAGUGGUAUCCAAGAUAUCCGAGGGGCAUAUUGACGACACCUGGGUCAAGAUGCUGGCAGAAGUAGACAAGCGAGCUACGACUUACAAGAAGAACGUUGUGAACCAGGGGGACAGCAAAGCCUGGUCAGACCUUGGCCCGUUGUUGGACAAACUGACAAUGAAGGCUGUCGAGCGAAUACGGGACUUUAUAGUGGCUCAAAUCAAGGCCAUGCGGUCCCCUCACAUCAACGCGCAAAUCAUUCAGCAGCAGAAUUUUUUGAAGUUCAAAGAGUUAUACGCCUUCUUGCAUAAGCACCACUCCACGCUCGCAGAAGAGAUCAGCCUGGCAUACAUGAACACAAUGCGGUGGUACUACGCAAACCAGUUCACGCGGUAUCAGAAAGCAUUGGAAAGGCUCAAGCUACACGUUAUUGAUAAGAACGACGUUCUUGGGCAUGAGGAACCGACUCGGAGGGCUACGGUUCUGUCCGCCGCAAAACCUGCUGGGCCGCCGCAUGAUGCCUUCAACCUGGGCCGACGUAUCGACCUCUUGAAAACAAGCAACGCGGCUGCCCUAUCGUCUUACCUGGCCGAGGAAGACCCGGCCACGCAUUAUCUGGAGGUUCCCUUCAGGAACUUCAACUUGGCCUUGAUAGACAACGCUACUGCGGAGUAUACUUUCCUAGCCGCAUAUUUCUCGCCUCCACUGUCAUUGCAGGCAGUCUCGCGGCAGUUCAAUUACAUAUUCGAGCCAACAUUUGCGCUGGGCAAGACACUGACCAAGACACUUACUGCCGAGUCGUACGAUGCGCUAGGCUUACUGCUGUGCAUCCGACUCAACCAGCAUCUGGCAUUUGAGUUGCAGAGGCGCAAAGUCCCCGCCGUCGACGGUUACAUCAACAUGACUACCAUGCUUCUGUGGCCGAGAUUGCAGGUGGUGAUGGAUCACCAUUGCGAGUCGGUGCGGCAGCUAACUAAUUCCUUGCCCACCAAACCCAGGGCCGCGGACCAGAACAAGCUGUCGGCGGCGCCUCACCUCGUCACACAGAGGUUCGGUCAGAUCCUGCAGGGCAUUUUGGCGCUCAGCACCGAGGCGGGGGACGACGAGCCCGUUGUCACCAGCUUGCGUCGCCUGCGGUCCGAGGCGGAGGCCUUCUUGACGCGCCUCAGCCAGUCGUUUGGCGAUAAGCGGAAGCGCGAACGGUUCCUGUACAACAAUUAUUCUCUGGUUUCUACCAUCAUUAGCGAUGUCGGCGGCAAACUGGCUGUGGAGCAGCAAGAGCAUUUCGAGGAGCUCAAGGAGGCGUUCCAGGAGGGUGCCUGA